CCUCUAGCAGCGAGUCUGUUUUCCUGUCGGCAACUCUGCGGAAAAGGGCACUUCCAGUCCCAAACCCUCUUUGUGCUUGACGUCAUGUCUGCCCGAGAUUGGACGGCGAAACUGUGACUCCAACCCCCUCCCUCUUUUCUAAAAAAACUUUUUAAAUACUUUCAAUCUGUUCAAACUAAAAUACUCUACAACCAUCGCGAUACCAUCUGACAUCUGCUGCUGUGCGUCUCUCUCUUAUUUAUUUAUUUGCACUCUCUGAGCUUUAGUUUUUUUUAAAGAAUUGUAAAGUUAUCUUUUCCUGGAGACUAUUGGCAGCCAGCGUUUUAUAUUUUAUAUAUAGAAAAAAUAAUAUAUUUAUAACAAGACGUCUUCGCAUUCUGCCGAACCAGGGGAGCAGGGCAGUGUGUUCAAAGGGAGCACAGAAAUAAUUCUGAGCGGAGUGGAGAUUUAAAGACAACCUCCCCCCUCCCCGACAUCGACAUGGAGUGGAUGAGGUACAGUGUGUUACUGUGGCUGGUGUCUGUAUUCGAACCGCACCAUGCCUGGGGUGACAAGAGGACAUUGAGGAGGAUCACGUAUGUGCUUCACCCGGCCAAAGCUCCGCUGGGCGGCGGGGCCAGCGGCAGCAGCAUCGGGCGGGCCAGCGGCAGCAGCAUCGGGCGGACCAGCGUCUCUGCCUUCGGUACCAGGCACAGCUCUUCCUCCUCGUACACCGUGAGGAGCCAGGGCUCGGCUCCUGUGCUGCAGGUGAAGACCAGCUACAGAACUUCGCCUCAGGUCAGAACCCGGCGAAUGGGCAAGGCGAGCCCGCAUUUCCAGCAGCAGCAACAGCUCCUCGCCCACUAUCACUCCCACCAGUUCUACCAGCAGCACCACUCCAAGUCUCCUCAACAACAGCCCAUCAGGCACCCAAUGCACUACCAAAAACAACAGCUUAACGGAGUUAAUGUUUGCGGUGGCCAGUGCUGUCAUGGGUGGGCUCAAGUUCCCGGCUCCCAAAGAUGCACCAAACCAAAUUGCUCUCCUCAGUGCCAGAAUGGAGGGAUGUGUCUGCGGCCCCAGCUCUGUGUGUGUAAGCCAGGAACCAAGGGUAAAACAUGCGAGGAGGUAUCAACUAACACACAUUCCACGAGCAACCAAGACACCCUGACACAUGUCCAGUCUCUUCCACAACAAGUCCCUCAGCAGAGAGUGGUGCAACUUCCCUCAAAGAUCAAGUCAAUGGGCCACUUAUCCUUGAGCGUCAAGCAGAAACCAUCCAUAAUGAUGCCCCAGCAAUCUCAUUUGAUGCCUCUACCAUCACAGCCACUGACAAUGCUGGUACAGCGUGGCCAGUCUCAGCAGUUCACCUUCAAGCCCAAAUAUUACAGUCAGAAGUUUUAUCCUGGAACGCACGGUGCUGAAGUUUCCCUUCCCCAAACCUCAUCUGGAUCCACUUACCAAGUUGGGAACCACACAGGCCGCAUCAAGGUGGUCUUCACACCCACCAUCUGCAAGGUAACGUGCACCAAUGGGAAGUGCCACAACAGCUGCCAGCAGGGCAACACCACCACCCUGAUCAGCGAAAAUGGCCACGCUGCCGACACUUUGACAGCACAGAACUUUCGAGUGGUCGUCUGUCACCUGCCGUGUAUAAAUGGAGGACAGUGCACUUCCCGCAACAAAUGCCAGUGCUCUCCUAAUUUUACUGGCAAACUCUGUCACAUCCCCGUGCAGUCUUCGAAUGGGCAUCAGCAUCAACCGGACAAGGCUCCAUCCUCUGCAGUAGUUCACUCCAUGCACACACUGCCCCUAUCAGUUGGAGGAAAGCCAGGUGUGCAACUGAAGUUCUCUCCCAACAUAGUGAACAUCCAUGUUAAGCACCCACCUGAAGCAACAGUCCAGAUCCACCAGGUUACCAGAAUAGACAGCUCAUUCCUGGGACAGAAGGUAAAAGGUGCCAAGUCAAGCCAACAGCAAAUCUCUUAUCACAUCCAAAGUCCUUCAGUGUCCCACGUCCCAAAUUCUGUAUAUAACCAUCAUCAGCAAGUUCGCACCCGCCUAUACCCCAGAAUCCAGUCGAAGUUGGGACGUUGCUUCCAGGAAACCGCAGGUUCACAGUGUGGGAAGCCUCUACCCGGCCUUUCAAAGCAAGAAGAUUGCUGUGGAACUGUGGGCACCUCUUGGGGAUUCCACAAAUGCCUGAAAUGUCCAAAGAAGCCUUCUUUUCCUAUUCCAGGAAAUGGACAAAUGGUGGAGUGUCCCCUGGGUUACAAGCAGGUUAAUGCCACGCAUUGUCAGGAUAUAAACGAAUGCCAGCUCCAAGGUGUGUGCCCACAUGGAGAUUGUUUGAAUACCCCAGGCAGCUACAGGUGCACAUGCAAACCCGGGUUUGUUCCUGCUUCUUCACACACUGCCUGUGUCCCCGAAAAUCUUUUAAUUGAAGAGAAAGGGCCCUGCUACCGACUUGUCAGUGCAGGAAAGCAGUGCAUGCACCCUCUGUCUGUGCAGCUCAGCAAGCAGAUGUGUUGUUGCAGCGUUGGCAAGGCCUGGGGCACAAUCUGUGAGAAAUGUCCCAUUCUGGGAACAGCUGCCUUCAAGCAAAUUUGUCCAGGUGGAAUGGGAUAUCAUGUUAGUCAAACAUUCAAGAAGGUGGCAGUCAAACCUCGGCCUGAUGUUAAGAUCCACAGGGUUCCUGAUUCUGCAAACUCUCGCCCUGUUAUUAAACACUCUGGACCAAUACCCACUCCAGCACAAGUUCCACCAGAGCAACCCUUAGAGGCCUUCUCCUCCAUUCAAACCCCUCAGCCUGAGAUUAUAAUCCCAGAAGUGGGCACCACCACACCAGAACAGGAGCUUGAGGAGAAGCAAGUUGCAGAAUCCAGUCUGCCCCAGCUAUCUCCCAGUAUUAGUACGAUACAGAUAGACUCUGACUUCCCUGAAGUGGUAGAAAAAAACUCCCCACCAAGCCCUGUCCAUAUUGCUCCUGAGGCAUCAGCAUCCAGCUUGACUCAUUUCAUUGCAUCUACUCAAGUCGCAGAAAUCGACGAGUGUUCAGUUAACCUUCAAAUCUGUGGACCUGGACAGUGUAUUAAUCUUCCAGAGGGAUUUACAUGUAACUGUGAUCCUGGAUUCCACCUCAACACCUUGCAAACCGCAUGCGACGAUGUGGAUGAAUGUGCCCAGGCCCUACAACCAUGUUCCAAUGGCCACUGUAAGAACACCGAAGGGAGCUUCCGAUGCAUCUGUCGCCAAGGCUUUACAUUAAAUGGAGGAACACAAUGCACUGAUAUCAAUGAGUGCCUGAGACGUAAUAUCUGUGGAGCAGGCCAUUGCAUAAAUGUUGAAGGCUCCUAUAGAUGCGAGUACUGUGAUGCAGGGUACAGAAUGAACAGUGGACAAUGUGAAGACAUUGAUGAAUGCCAGGAUUCCAAUACAUGUCUGUCUGGAAGAUGCAAUAACAGUCCUGGCUCUUAUGAGUGUGUAUCUUGCCCAGAAGGAUACACAGGCAGAAAUGGCCAGUGCAUAGACAUCAAUGAAUGCCUCAGCAUGUCAGUUUGUAGCAACGGAGAGUGUUCCAAUCUCGAGGGUGGCUAUAUCUGUACGUGUAACCGAGGGUAUGAACCAGCCAUUGAAGGCAAAUCGUGCAAAGAUGUCGACGAGUGUCAGGAUGCCAUCCUGUGUACCAACGGGCAGUGCAGCAACACAGAGGGCUCCUUCCAUUGUGAAUGCAAGUCUGGCCACCGUCUGGCUGCCUCUGGGGACCAGUGUGAAGACAUUGACGAAUGCCAAGAAAAUGCAGAUGCUUGCCAGGGAGGCGAGUGUAUGAACACCGAAGGAUCCUUUGUUUGCAUGUGUCGCAGUGGCUUCCAGCUCGUGGAUGAUGUACGGUGCCAAGAUGUGGAUGAAUGCUUGGCCCCAGAGCGCUGUGUACAUGGAGAUUGCCUGAACACGGAAGGUUCCUUCCACUGCAUUUGUGAGCAGGGGUUCACAGCAUCAGCAGAUGGGCGUGGAUGUGAUGAUGUUAAUGAAUGCACGAGUGAUGCCAUCUGCAAUGGUCAUGGUUUCUGUCAAAACACAGUUGGGUCCUUCCGCUGCCUCUGUGACCAGGGCUAUCAGGAUCUACUGGAUGGAAGAGGGUGUGUUGAUGUAAAUGAAUGCGAAAUGAUCAGUGGAGUGUGUGCAGCAGCUCUUUGUGAAAACGUGGAAGGCUCCUUCCUGUGCUUCUGCGCUGAUGAAAUCCAGGAAUUUGACCCUACGACCGGGGAGUGCCAUUUCCCUCGCCCACCAGGGCUUCCUCAGGAAGAAGAAAAGAAGGAAUGUUACUACAAUCUAAAUGAUGCACACUUCUGUGACAAUGUUCUGACAUCCAAUGUCACGAAGCAGGAAUGUUGCUGCACUCUGGGAGCAGGCUGGGGUGACAACUGUGAAGUGUUCCCAUGCCCAAUGUUUGGCAACCCGGAUUUUUCUACCAUGUGUCCUGAAGGGAAAGGCUUCAUCCCAAAUGGAAACUCGGCCUAUGGAAUCAGUGGACUUCAUUACCGAGAUGCCAAUGAAUGUGUCUUGUUUGGAGAAGAAAUCUGUAAGAAUGGGGCUUGCAUGAACACAGAGCCUGGCUACGAGUGUUACUGCAGACAAGGCUUGUAUUAUGAUCCAGUUAAACUCCACUGCCUUGAUAUUGACGAGUGUCAGGAUGCAACCAACUGUGUCAAUGGACAGUGUGUUAACACUGAGGGAUCAUACAACUGCUUCUGCACCCAUCCACUGGUUGUGGACCCUUCAGGGAAACGUUGUACUCAUCCUCUAGACUCCGAUGAUAUUGAUGAAUGCCUGGAUCCAUCAAACUGUAUCGAUGGCCAAUGCAUUAACACUGAUGGCUCAUACAACUGUUUCUGCAUAUAUCCGUUAGCCCUGGACUCUUCAGGGAAACGCUGCAUUCAGUCACCGCACACAGCGGAACAAACCGGUGAGGAGGAUAUAUGCUGGCAGGUGGUGAACAGCCAGUUUAUGUGCGACUCGCCUUUGGUGGGUCGAAGGACUACGUACACUGAGUGCUGCUGCUUAUUUGGAGAAGCGUGGGGUAUGGACUGUGCCCUUUGUCCCAUGAGGGCAACAGGUGACUUUGCCCAACUCUGUAAUCUUCCCAUUAGUAAUAGAUGGCACGAGUAUGGCCGAGAUGCAUUGAAGCCCUUCCAGCCUGACUAUCCAGUCUCAGCACCCGAGUAUGACUCCGAAAAGCCUUUUUCAGAACACAUGCCGCUCUUUGUCGAUGAAGGAUAUCCACUAGAGAGCUUUGAGGGACUGCAGGCAGAGGAAUGUGGCAUUCUGAAUGGAUGUGAGAACGGGCGCUGCGUGCGGGUGCAGGAGGGAUACACAUGCGACUGCUACGAUGGCUACCAGCUGGACAUAACCAGGCUGGAAUGUGUUGAUGUCAAUGAAUGUACUGAGCUGAAUCACAAAAUGUCAUUGUGCCGGAAUGCCAAGUGCAUCAACACCGAUGGAUCCUAUAAAUGUGAGUGCCUGCCUGGUUACACAGCCUCAGACCAGCCCAAUUAUUGCAUCACCUCAGAGACAGAGAAAGAGUCUAAGCUGGAAUAACCAGUGACGAUCUUAGGCCACCACACCCCAGCCCCAUGCAAAUCUUACACUUUGCUAACAAGCAAAGAAUGAACACUCGAUCACAUUGCCUCCGCAUCCCCACCCAACCCUUUCCAAACAAAAAAGUGGAAAAGAACUGCCUGAUAUGAAGAGUCUGCCAUCAGCGACUGAGGAAGGGGUGCCAAAAAAACAUCGCAUUUUCUCAAGAUGGGAAAAUAAGCCCAAUUCUGUCAAUGAACAGAAAGACCAAAUGGAUUCUUGUUACGUUUUUCUUUUGGGUAAGAAAAGGAAAAAUUUCUCAGUAAUUUACUAGUAAGGACAUCCAAAGCGAGAAAACAAACUGUAUCUACAGUCAUUCAUUCAAAAUAGUAUUUGUUAUUAGCACACAGUUUACACUAUGUAUAACGGCGGUGAAAAUAUUUUGUAUUACUGUUGUAGACGUAUUUGAUAAAGUGCAGUAUGUGUUAUACUGCUUUAACUUUAGAGUUUUAUGACAAAUGUAAAUUCUUUGAUAGCAAACUUAUAGUCUUUUUGUAUGUUUUUUUAAAGAAAAGGUUGUGCUAUUCUGUGUCUGGAACAUUGGUCAGUGACAGUUUUUACCUUGUUAUAUGUCUGCCCUGUGGAGCAGGCAUGUCAUUGCUAUAAGGUUUUUUUUUUAAAGUUUUGUACAACCAUGGAGAUGUGAAGUUCUUAGUUAUGUUCUCCACACAUUAUAUACUGUACUACAAUCACAUAGUUCAAACUUACCAGAUCGCAGAGCUGCUACAGGCGGAGGAUACCUGAUGUGUACAUUUACACUGAAGAUGCAAAAGAACCAAAUCAUUGUAUUGUAAUUUGUAAAUUGAAAAAAAUACACAAGCAAAUAGCUCUUGUGUGAUCAUCUUAAAGCAUAUUAAGUUGUAUUCUAAACCUCUGUAAAACCUAUGAAAUAAAUCACUUUAUGUAAGUGUACAAAUUGCCCACUC